AUGUCUGAACUCCAUAUCUACACAGUUCACGAGCUUCUUGAGUUAUUCACACAAUCCGAACCACCGGCAAACUUCGAAGAAUUCGGAAUUUUCGGAUCUGCCGAGUGCAUUGCUCCUUUAGAAGAAGAUAAAUAUUUAAAUGAGAACAAGCAUCAAAAGCGUACAGGCACUGAACUCCCAAUCGAUAAUGACAAUGAGAAACGCCAAACACAACCACAGCCUCAUUACCAAAAGAACCGCCAGUUCCAAAAUCAGAAUCAGCAGAACCAGAAUCAACAGCAGAAGAAGCAAGUUGGCGGACCAAAGAAAUUCACAAGCACUACAAGCACAGUGAAGGUCGAGAAAGGCUUCGAUGACAUGCAAUUCAACUGGGGUGCUCCAAAGAAGGAGUCCUUACCAUCACCAACACCAUCACAAGCUCCAGCUCCAACUCCAGCAUCAGCACCAGCCGAGACAAAGCCAGAAAUCAAGCCAUCCUUAGUCCAGGCUCCAUUACCAAAGACACAGUGGUCUCAAGUCAAUACUGGCAUCCCAACAUUCUCACCACAGCCAGCCAAGGAAGACAGACCAGCCUUACCAACAUUCGAACCAGUUAGAAAGCAACAUAACAACUUCAAUCCACAAAACAUCAACAAAUUCACACCAUACUAUAACAACAAUACUACACAAGCUCCAGCAGCCCCAUCCUUCAACCCACAGCCAGCCACUACCCCUACAACUACUCCAUCUUUCAAUCCAAGACCAGCAGCUCACCAUGAGCAGCCAACAGUAGCAGAAGAGAAGCCAGCACAGCAAGAAAAGAAGGAGGCUUCUCAAACAAACGAUUCAGAGUUCCCAUCAUUCAGUGAUUUGGAACCAAAGAAGACACAGAAGAAAGCACAACCAACUUCACAGCCACAGAAACAGAGAGUUGUUGUUGAUGAUGAAGAAUACCCAUCAUUAACCUCAUCUAAGCCAAUUUCUAACCAAAAGCGUUCUAACGCUUGGGGAAAGAUAUAA